AUGCGAACCUACGACUACAACUACGACUACAACUACGACUACGACUACGACUACGACUACGACUACAACUACAACUACAACUACAACUACAACUACAACUACAACUACGACUACGACUACGAUAACAAGUACGACAACUACUUCUACAACUACUACUGCGUCUGCUCUCACAACCACUACGACUCAGCCUACAUCAACCUUUGUUUUCACGCCAUCUUCAGCAACUCCUACAACUACUGA